CACGGAGGUGACUCGAACACAAAGUAAGAAAAAAAAAACCAGCUGGUUGUGGGUCCCAUCAGCCACCGUCAACCGCCGUCUUCCUUCAUUCUCCGAUCUCUCAACCUCUCUCUCUCAAUACCCAUGUGUAUAUAUAUAUCUUCAUGUAUGUAUACAUCUGUUCAUAUUCCAUAAACAAAAAAAAAGUUUGAAUCUUUUAGUGAAAUAAUGCAAUAAAAACCACAAUAUAAAAAACCCUCUUGUUAUUCCCUAAUUUCUCUUACCCCAACAAAUCUUAACCCUAAAAGCCUCUUCCUUUACAUAUUUCUAGAGAGAGAGAGAGAGAGGAGAGAGAGAAGAAAGAUUUAUACCCAAAACUCCAAAAGCCAAGUUUAAUUUUUUUUUUAAUUUUUUUUUUUUUUUUUGGGUUUUGUCAAACUUUGAUAACUGAAGCUCUCACAAAUACAUAUGUUCAGAGAUAGAGAAAGGAAAGCAUUGAUUUUUAACAAUUUCAUGAGGUGAAAGAAGAUAUAUAUAUAUACAUAUAUGUAUACAUCUAUAUGUAUAUGUAUAUCCAAUCGGUGAUAAAGUUUCUUGCUUGCUGAUCAAAAGGGGAGAUUUCAAGAAAUCUUGAUUAGGGUUCUUCAGAAAUCUUCAAAAGGUUCAGUCUUUUUGGGUCUGGUUCAACAAGUUUGCAAGAAUCUUGAUUAGGGUUCUUUGGAAAUCUUCAAAAGGUUCAAUCUUUUUGGGUCUGGUUCAAGAAGUUUUCAAGAAUCUUGAUUAGGGUUUCUUUGGAAAAACCGAAAAGUUUGUGUCUUUUGGGUUUGAUUCAAGAAGAUCGCAAGAAAUCUUGAUUAGGGUUCUUUGGAAAAACCGAAAAGUUUGUGUCUUUUUGGUUUGAUUCAAGAAGAUUGAAAGAAAUCUUGAUUAGGGUUCUUCAGAAAAACCGAAAAGUUCGUGUCUUUUGGGUUUGAUUCAAGAAGAUUGCAAGAAAUCUUGAUUAGGGUUCUUUGGAAAAACCGAAAAGUUUGUAUCUUUUGGGUUUGAUUCAAGAAGGCAUGUUGGAGGAAAGAUCUUUUUUGGUUUCGAGAAACUUCGACGGCAAAAGGGACGACGGUUGGGGUUUUAUGAGUAAUCGUAGGAUCAAGAACAUCGAAUCUCAUCAAGAGAAACGUCCGUUAGAUAUCGACGAUGAAGAAACCAUUCACCCAACAAAAACCCACAAGCAAUCUCACGGCUACGAUAAUCUCGAUCAUGGAUUUGGGUUUCUUGAUCUUUCGUUAGUCUGCGUUGAUCAAUCCGACAACCGACGCCACGCUGGCGAUUACUCGGAUUCAAGCUCCUUAAUCCACGCCAUUGGUCGAGACAAUUCGAUUAGUUGUCUACUCAAAUGCUCAAGAUUCGAUUACGGUUCAAUAGCUUCACUAAACCGAACGUUUCGUGACCUAAUUAGGAGCGGUGAACUUUAUAGAUUAAGAAGACAGAACGGUAUUAUCGAGCAUUGGGUUUAUUUUUCUUGCCAUUUGGUUCAAUGGGAAGCGUUUGAUCCGAUUAAACAACGUUGGAUGAAUCUGCCCACAAUGUCGUCAAACACGUGUUUCCAAUUUUCCGAUAAAGAGUCUUUAGCCGUCGGGACUGAGUUACUCGUAUUAGGGAAAGAAGUACUUGAUCAUGUGAUAUAUAAGUAUAGUUUAUUAACUAACUCAUGGUCAUUCGGGCAGUUAAUGAACGAGCCUAGAUGCUUAUUCGGGUCCGCGAGUCUCGGUGAGAUCGCAAUCGUAGCCGGUGGGUCCGACCCGAACGGAAAUAUCGUGAACUCCGCCGAACUUUACAACAGCGAAUCUGGUGCGUGGGAAACGCUUCCGAACAUGCUUAAGCCGAGGAAAAUGUGUUCCGGGGUGUUUAUGGACAAUAAGUUCUACGUAAUCGGAGGAAUCGGCGGGACUGAUAUGAAACCGUUGACGUGUGGUGAAGAAUACGAUUUGGGUACGCGGGUAUGGAAGGAAAUCCCGAAUAUGUCACCGGUGAAAACCGGGGGUGCCGCGAACGCGCCGUUAGCAACCGAGGCGCCACCGUUAGUGGCGGUUGUAGAUAACGAAUUAUACGCUGCGGAUUGCGCGGAUAUGGAAGUUAGAAAGUACGACAAAGUACGAAAAGAAUGGGAAACGGUCGGAAGAUUGCCUGAACGGGCUGAUUCGAUGAACGGUUGGGGUAUCGCGUUUAGGGGAUGUGGUGAUCGGGUUAUCGUUAUCGGUGGGCCGAGAACUAGUGGGGCCGGGUUUAUAGAAGUGAAUUCGUGGGUCCCGAAAAACGGGCCGCCUCAAUGGACGAUGCUUGGGCGUAAACAGUCGAGUCAUUUUGUGUACAAUUGCGCGGUUAUGGGCUGCUGAAGUUGGUGUUCUUCAUGGGCAUAUGAUUCUUGAUCAUGGGUAACUCAACUAUUUCAACAAAAAGUUUUAAUCUUUUUAUUUUAUUUUUAAUUGUUCAGGAGAAAAGAAAAAAAAAGAAGAAAAAAAAAACAGAUUUUUACUUUUAAGAUUAAAGAUUUCAAGAAAGAUAAUCUUGAUUAUAUUUCUUGAAGUUGUGAUCAAUCUCUCUAAGGGUUAGAGGAUCUAAUAACUUAUCUUUUGUAGGUAGAUUUUCAUUACAAAUGAUCCAAACAGUUUGAUCUUUUUAUUAUAUUUAAUUUCUUGACAUUGCUCAAAGGGGAAAUAAGUUGUUAAUAACUCUCUCUCAA